AUGGCACCUGAAAUAGACGAUCUCGACACCCUCUCUGAUGCAGAAAGAACAGCCUAUGAAGCUUGGUGGAAAGACCUGAAUCCUUUUCAUGUCGAAAAAGUGAAUAACGAGACCAUCUUGCAGUUUGUAAGUGGGUGCUGCUUACCCCAUCACACAUUAGAAGAGAUACUUUUAUUUUUCCAACAAGAAAAAGAGGGACUUACCAAAGGUCAAUGUUUUGCUAUGUUACGGUUGAUAGCACAUGUGCAAAAUGGACGGAAAGUGAGCCCUGACAUGAUCUAUUUGGGAGGUAGGGUAAAGAAACAAAAAUGA